UUGAAACCUACAGGCGAAGAAAAAAGAGCUCAAGUUUAGAUUUUCCAAUCAAGGUCACACUAGUAAUAGUCAAUGAAGAAAACUUCAAAUCAAUGAUUUCAAUUUUCUUAGAGUUGUAACGUAAUUAAAUUGCUUAAGUUAAAUCUAUAAAUAGUAGGAUCUAAUUAAGCCAGGCUGCAUAUUCAUUUAUCAACAACAAUAUUCAUAUCAUCAAUAGAGCCGAUUUAUGUUUAGUUAGCCAUGAGUUCAUUACAUCUGGCAACUCAAAAAUUUCUUACACUUCUUGAUCUCUUGUUCUUUUUACUAAUCGGCAUCACUCUGUGCCCAUUAGCUGCGUCUGAUGGAUGCCAUGAAGGGGAAAGAAAGGCUCUUCUAAACUUUAAAUCUUCCCUGGAAGACCUAUCAGGUCGCUUAUCUUCAUGGCAAGAAAGCGGCCAACAUCAAAAUUGCUGCAAUUGGCAUGGAAUUCAAUGUUCCAAGGGAUCUUUUCAUGUCAUAUCCAUCGAUCUUAGAAACAAUGACCUUGAAAUUUACAAUAAUGAGUAUGUUUAUCUCCAGCCACAACCAAAUACUGCACUACGAGGUAAACUAUCUCCUUCUCUUUUAAACAUUACUCAUUUGGAGCAUCUUGAUCUUGGCUUCAAUGACUUCCAGGAAUCAAAACUCACACUUCAGUUUUCUUAUCUAAGGAGACUAGUUUAUUUGGAUAUCUCCCAUUCAAACUUCUCUGGGUCGAUUUCAACACAAUUCACCAACUCAUCAUCUUUACAGUACCUUGAUUUAUCUUGCGGAUCACAAAACAAUCCGUAUCCCACCUCUUGCUUAGAAUCAUCAUCUACAGGAUGGAUAAGAGGUUUAGUAAAUCUCCAGGUACUAAGACUGAGUGGUAUUAAGCUACCUUAUACUGAACCUCUUUUGAGUACUCUUUAUAAUUUAACUUCACUUUCUAUUCUUGACUUGUCUUCUUGUGCACUACAUGGUUCAAUUCCUUACCUUCCUCAACUUAAAGAGCUUGAUGUGAGUGAUAAUAAAGAUCUUCGUCCUGAUCUAACUGGUAUGUUCAAACAUAGUUGGCCCCAACUACAAAAACUUCAGAUAUCAUCAACUAAUUCAACUGGAUCAAUUCCAAGCUCAAUUUCAAAUUUGUCGCAGUUGGUAAGCCUCUCUGCCUCAUGGUGUUCACUUAAUGGGUUUUUACCUACUUCAAUCUACAAUCUUUCUAGGUUGCAGCAUCUAGAUCUUUCUGGCAACAACAUAACAAGUUUUAUCCAUUCUUCAAUUUCCAAUUUGAAAGACCUAUACUUUCUCGACUUGUCUUUUAAUAAAUUCCAAGGACGUAUACCAGAAUCAAUAUGUGACAUUUUUCCUCUUACGCAUCUUGGUUUACAGUAUAAUAACAUAAGUGGAACCAUACCAAGUUGCAUCACAAAGCUCAAAAAUCUUAGUGUCUUUGAUGUUUUCGGUAAUUCUAUUAGAGGAGAAGUUUCGUUGAUCUCUCUGAUCAAUGAACUCAACUUAACUACCUUAGACCUGAGCUCAAAUAAUUUAACUGUAGUUAUAGAUCAACACUUAAACUUAAAUCCAUCCAAAUCUAGUCUAGAAAAUUUACUGUUGGGGUCAUGCAAUAUCAAUGGAUUAAUCCCUACUUUCAUUUGUAUUUUCACUAAUCUAAAAUGGUUAAGUUUGUUCCGUAAUAACCUUAGAGGAGCUAUCCCUUCUUGCAUAUCCAAUCUCAAAAAUCUCGGUUUCUUAGACUUGUCUAACAACAAACUGGUUGGUCCGCUGCCACUUCCACCUCAAGGUGUCCAGUUUUUUGAUAUAUCAAACAAUAAGCUUAAUGGGGAAAUCUCAUUGGAAACUGGAGAAAGACUAUCUAAUGUUGGCUACAUUAAUCUUAGUGGCAAUGAACUUUCAGGUUCAAUUCCUUCUUCAAUAUGUUCUAAAGAACUAGGAAAACACAAUGAUCCAGGACUCAUUAUUCUCUCCAACAACAAAUUAUCCGGGACUAUACCUGCUAGUAUAGGGUAUUGCAGAAAUCUUACUAUCCUAAAUCUCAGCAACAACAAUCUCACUGGAAAUGUUCCACAUGAGAUUCAAAAUGCAGAAGGUUUGGAAUAUCUUUAUUUAAGUGACAAUAAUCUCAAUGGUACUAUUCCUGAGUCCCUCCUAAAACUUUUGAGUUUGGUAGUUCUCGAUUUAGGAAACAACAAUUUCGAUGGUAACAUACGCACCAGUCUUGGCUCAAUGAGUGACCUUAUGGUGUUGUCAUUAAGGUCAAACAAAUUCAGUGGGUCCAUUCCUGAAGAGAUUUUCCAUUUGUAUGAACUUCAAAUACUCGACUUAUCUACAAACAACCUCUCGGGUCUGAUUCCUGGAAAAAUAGGAAACUUGAUGAGGCUAACAGGCAGCCCCAGUUCUGGAAUGUACAAUAUGAUGGGUAUGGGUUUUCAGUUGGUUAUAAAAGGCACCAUGACACGAUUUGAUCAUUUGUACAACUAUAGUUCAGGAAUAGACCUAUCAUGUAACUCUCUCGAUGGAGAUAUUCCAAGAGAGAUAGGUUUUUUAAAUGGACUUGUUAUGCUGAAUCUGUCGCAUAACCUUUUGUCGAAUAAUAUCCCAUCCAGUGUCGGAAACAUGUCUAGGUUAGAGUCAUUGGAUUUAAGUUCCAAUAGACUGUCUGGACAUAUCCCACAAGCUUUGACAUCAAUAGACUCCCUUGGGUUUCUAAACUUAUCUUACAACGAGUUGAGUGGCAUCAUUCCAAGAGGAAAUCACUUUGAUACAUUGAGUUUGGAUGGUUCUUCUUUCACUGGAAAUGACUUAUUGUGCGGAUUUCCCACGACGAAAGUUUGUACUGAUCUUGAUGUCAGUACUGGCAGUACACAUCCUUCAAACAAAUCUGAGGAAGGAGAUCAAGAGGGUGCAACAGAUGAGUUGUUUUAUGCUACUGUGGCCUUGGGGUUUGGAAUAGGAUUUUUGGGACUUUUCUUAGUUUUGCGUCUAAAGAAACAGAAAUGGUGGUUUCCCUACUGGAGAUUUGUCGACUCUGUUGCAGCUAGAGUAGUAGGAUGUAUUCAUAGAAAUUAAGACUGAUGUAAUAGGGUACUAUGUUUUUAAUGAUGAUGUAAAUAGUCUAAAUUACUGUUGUUUUCAUACUCAUUACCUAGAGCUAUAACAACAGACA